AUGAGCAGCCACGAUGACACACCCAAUUUGGAAUAUUCUGGGGAGCAAUUUUGCCUGAAUAACCCUGGCCAGAUCACGCCUAGUCCCCACAUGGCAGUCCCCAAGCAGGGUUUUGCGUGUUGUGGUCCUGGUAAAAAGCGCUACAUAAUUUCUCUUCUCUGCACGACUUGUCUUACAAUUGUCAUCGGUAUGAGAGCCGAAAUGCUCAGUAUUAUAACUAAAUUGAACAACACGCACGUAGGUCGGCACAUUGAAUCCUCCCUUUUUGAAGCAGACUCUGCUCAAAGUUGCCGGAUGCCUCAUAGCCGACACAACGAAGUCACAGGACCAGCAGCCGCGGACGAUCACCUGUUUUUCAAACCGUCACAUCACCGCCAGUUACCGUGGACAGCUACCAUCACAGAGGAUCUGGUUGAAAAUGCUGUCUUCUUCGCCUACCUUAUUGCCAGUCCGAUUGGUGGAUACCUUACCGUUAGGCACGAUUCAUCCCUUCUACUAGGGUGCUCUGUUGCAAUGACCUGCGGCCUUAACCUCUUUUUGCCUCUUGCUGAGACAAUUGGAUCGAAUAUUGAUGCGAAGUUAGCACUUAUAAUAAUUCUGAGAUUAUUACAGGGAAUGGCUGAGGGCUGCUUAAUACCUGCCGUGUUUGGAAUUCUGCGAUAUUGGACUCCCGCAAGCGAGAGGUCAACACUUAUUUCGCUAGCUGUGAUCGGUGUGUCCUUAGGCCCACUAAUAGGCCUGCCAGUCUGUGCUGAAAUUGAGCAGAAGUGGGGGUGGGGCGUUGUCUUUUAUAUCUACGCAAAUCUUGGCCUCAUUUGGUGCAUCUUUUGGUGGCGCAUAGUUGACGAAAAACCGCAGAAGGAUCGGAACCUUUCAAAGGCCGAGAAAAUCUAUCUGAAAGCGAAUACUUCUCCACAAUUGUUGUUUGAUUCGACGAGUGUGCAGAUACCCUGGGUGGCAAUGUUCACCUCAAAACCAAUAAUGGCAAUUUUUCUUACCUACGCAGCCGAUGACUGGACAUUUCAAAUAGCUUCCGUCUGCAUGCAAACAUUUUAUCAGCAACGCUAUAAUGCGGACGUUCAGAAGACGAUAUUUUUACUAUCAUUUCCUUUCCUCUCGCGAUCAGUAUUCGUACCCAUGGGUGGCUUUUUAGCGGACAUCGUGAAACUGAAAACGCCCAUGUCCUGCACCAACAUUCGCAAAGUUUUCUCAGGGAUAGGAUUUGGCUUGAAGGGAGUAUUCUUUUUGGCUCUUGGUUUUGCCAAGAACGAGGUACACGCCACCAUUAUACUCUCUUUGGCUCUUGGCGUGUCGGGUCUGGCCGUGGCAGGCUACGCCGUCAGCGUCAUCGAGCUGGCGCCCAAGUUCGCCGGGCUGAUCAUGGGCUUCGCGAACAGCAUCAGCACGCUCACUGGUAUCCUGUCUACCGUAAUCGCUACAAUCGUUGUCCAUUAUCUCAGCACUGGUGUCGGAACUGGGUGGGUGGUAGCCAUGAGCUUGGCAGCCGGAAGUCAAUUUUUCGCAGCUGUUUUCUUCCUUAUAUUUGCCUCCAGUCAAGAACAAGACUGGGCUAAAGGCGAAGUCGUUGUCACUGCCUCAAGUGGAACCUUCCCUUCCUCUAACAAUCUCGCUAAAAAUCAGUAUCGGGUCCAUCAGCAAGGACAGAUGUCAAGGCCACCUUGCGAAUCUGAUGAUAUUGAAGCUAAUUGCGGAUAA